GCUGGCUUUCGGGCGUAUCUUUACUCAGCCAGUAUUGGUAUAACUGUCUUGCUGAAAUCGUCAUGGCUUUGCUUUGGCAUGCGAUGACGGGAUUUCGCUGUCCUGCGUGCACUUCCAGCACAGAGCGCAGACAAGGCGGCCCCGAUGCCGGUCGCAAGUUCUCGUGGCUUCUACGGGAUCGCAAACUUUCCAAACAUGAACCGAUAAAGGACGGCACAGACGUCAAGGCCAGCCCAAUUUUGCACGAUGAAAGCUAUAUUCGCUGUAAAUGAAAAUUACGCACCUUGGUUUUCCUUCCCUACGUAGUAACUAGCAUUUGAUCUGCUCCGUCUACGUAGCGCCAUCGCCCGAUCACCUCUCCUACUCGAUCAUUCUCCGCAGGAGUACCCUCCGUCAUCAUGUUCGGUGUAAUCGUAUCUGGUCGACCGGUUCUCACAGCAUUUGAAAAGAUCUCGGACACGCAGAUCAAAUUCUCGAUUCCUUCACAUCCGCCUUUCAACCACCUCGUCGUUUUUACCUUGCCCGGCGCAUCUCUACCAGUAGACGCCGCGGCUGCUUGCUAUCUGCAAAUUGCUCCAAGUGCAGACUUCAAGCUUCUUGGCGCGUUGAGCAAUGACAAACAAAGCGCAAUCUUCAAGAUCAGGAACACGGCCGUAGGCACAGCAAUGCAUGGCAUUGGAGUUGUGGACGAAGACGUGAUGACCGAUGGAGGAGCUCCAGGCUCAAAUGAUGCUAUCACAUUAGGCAUAUCGCUUGAACCGAUAGCACAGGUCGAGGCGAAUCUAGCUGCCGCAAAAGCUGCUCAGGGAGGCACCACAACAGGGCAAGAGCUUGUGAGAGCUGGAACGCCAAUCGCUGCCCCCAGGCAAACGAUCAACACAAAAUUGUUGGCUCAACGAAUCAUACAAAAUGCCUUUAACUUCCUUUCGAGCUUCUCAAGCGGAGGAAGCAAUGAUGCGGUGCCACUUAAGAGCUUUGAGGAGUGGUGGAAGAAAUUUGAGAAGAAAAUAGACUUGGACCCAGGCUUCUUGGAGCGCGAGACAGGAUGAGGCUGUGACGCUCAAUUGUUGCUUGACACUUUGGGAACAGCUCCCCAAGGUCGUAACUUUCUUCCUUUUGCCGAUCAAUUACGAACAAGUGCUGUUUUAAAGUCUACCUAAACAUCGGGGGCAAAACCUCGUUCAAGGUAAUGCCUAGGUGGAAUGCAAGUGUCGACUCCAGCACCCCCUCUGUGUGCAGGAUACUCCCUGACACAACCUCAUCUCGAUGAUACUGAAUUUUAAACCCCCCAAAAUCUCAGUGCAGAUCAUAACGGCCCCUAUCUGACUGAUCAAGGCGACACUGCGCUGCCCAAAGCCUAUAUAGCAACACAGCAGCUGCUAGGUUACCCAUCCAUUUCGUACUCAGAAAACAAACGUACCCAGGACUGCGAUCCUGUUUCAUCGGCUAGUUCGUUUUGAGAAUGAUGUGCACUUCUGCAAUAUGCAUGGACUAGCCUUUCGGGAGCGAACAUGUACAAAAAGCCUGAUCUGAGAAAACGUCAGUACGGCUCCAGAUUGACUGUUGUAAUCCACUCACAGUGACCAUGCGAUAUGGUCAACUACAGUUCUGUGGAGCCGGCCUUCGUGUACUUCCUAGCUAUGUUCACUGCUGGGAAAUCAUUUACAUAGCUGCCCAUUCGAAUGUAAAAGCUCUCAC